AUGGCGGAAUGCGUGACUUCCCCAUUCUGCUUUAAGCUGCAUACGCAGAUAAGGCCUUUUACAGAAAGAGGUUACUCUCAUCAGACUACAAAUUUCAAGACUGUUCAAAGAAGGUAUUCCAGAAAUGGAUGUGAAUGUUUCCACUUCUCAACUCAGAAAACAUUCGAGCCAAGUGUAUUUAGGGCUCCAGACUUAAAAAUGUCUCACUCUCUUCGGACAUUCCCUUUAAAUUGCAAUGGUAUAGGAGCUUUGGUUGACUUUGAUGGUUCAACAGUCUCUAGUUUGGUGCCUGUUGUUAAUCAGGUUCUUUUGAUGGGAAGUAUAUUGCUCACUUAUAUGGCCGGAGUAGUUCCUAUUAACAAAUCUUAUAUCAGUGAUCAAAAUAUCAAUUCUAUUAAAAAUGUUUUACGUGAGAGCUCAGACAUUUCUGGUAGUGCAAUGAAGCAAAAUGAUCAAGUUGAGUCAAAGUAUGUAUUAGAUGUGGUGAGAGAAAAACUUUUGAAUUCACUAAAGUCAUUAGAGAAUGAGGCUUAUACGGGGGACACCAUCCUUCAAUAUGCAAAAAGACCCUUGAGUUUAAAUGCUGUGGCCGAGGGUCCAAAGUUAAGGUUACUUUGGGCUGCUUUUCUGCAAAUUGAGGAAGAGGUGAAUAAUAACUCAAGCAUUUCCAGAUCUGUUGGUAUGGAUGGUCUUUUCAAAGUUUUUUCUGAAUUUAUUCAAAGAUCAUGUCAUUCUAUCUGUGCUACAUGGCUGGAAAAGGAGUUUUUCCUUGUGAAAAGCAACACUGACAAGGAGUUUCUUUCUUUGAUACUUGAAAAAGUGAAAGGGGAUAAUGCUAUUACACAGAACAUUACAAGGUCUGGCAAGAAGGAUCUGUAUUCAGAAUUACUUUGGUAUCUUACUUUCAGUUUGCUUAGGGACGAUUGCUGUUAUGAUUUCAGUAUAUUUGCUGCCCAUGGUGUUUCCAUAUUGGAAGAUUUAGUGAUAGCUCUGGCAGACGGGGUUGCAAGCGUCUAUCUGGAGUUUAUUUCUGUUGAUAGUAAGGUGUCAAGUAAAACUAAUAGCUGGGACAUGUCAUUGUGUGCUAUGUCCACCAGGGAACUCCAAAAAUUACGUAACGAGGUUGCGUUGAACCAGUGGUUGCAUCACAACAUGGACACAGUUGUGUCAAUGUAUGAGGAUCGCUUUGACUUGUGUACACUUGAAAAACAACCCAUUAAUCUACCAGACAGCAGUCAGGCUGAAAAACAAUCAUGGUGGAGGAUUCUUACUAAGCAACCUUCAAAAACCAUGUCACAUGAGUUACAUUGUAUUGUGAUAAGCCAUUUCUCGAUGCCCGUAAAACGGACCAAGGAGUUAAGAGCCCUGAUAGGAUGGCGGUAUUACUUCAGCCUUCUCCUUGAGUUGUCGGACAUCGCGAUGCCGAUUGUUAGAAAAGUUAUUAAUAAAGCAAGUGAAGCAAUCUCUUUCUUUUUGGUUAGCUUGAUUGGUAGGUCUGUAGGACUCAUUUAUACAGGCAUUAGGCAGUCCCUCAAAUGGAAGUGA